AUGGUAGCCAAGAAGAUGACAAAGAAGACAGAGCAGCAGCUGGUGGGUGAGGAAGUGAUCAGAGGCAAGCCCAAGGGAGAGGCUAAUUGGUUCAAACCAAAGAAGGGUAGUGUUUUUCCUGCAAGGAGAAAGUUGGUGAAGACUAUGGCUUUUGAUACCAUAGUGAAAUGGGUGGGCUCUGUUUUCUGCCAUGGAGCCUCAGCCGCCACCACCAUGACCAAAAUCCCCUGCCUUUCACAACCCAGAAUGCCAAAUUCCAAGAAAUGCAAGCAGAUAGUUCCAUUGUGA